ACAUGUCUUCACAGAGUGUCAGUUUCACACCCACACUGAUCACACUUGCACCCAGACAAUUAUAUACAAUGGUACAAAUGUGUUUAUAAAGACUGAUAACUACAUCAGUAAAAGAUCAGGAUUACUGUAAACCGAAUAAUGGAGAUGAAUGAGGAGAUUUAUGCAAAUGCAGAAGUUGCAGCUGAUUCCAGUGACAGCGAGCAAUCAUAUGAAGAUGGUCAUGUGAAUGAGGACAAUUUGCAGACCCAGCGGACCGGAAGAUUCAAGCAGUCUGAGACCUCAGGAGGAGAGACUACAAGAAUCAGAUGUUACAGACUGACUGCAUUGUGUUUGCUCCUGCUGAGUAUUGUCCUUCUCACUGCCAUCACAGUGCUGUGGAUCAAAUUCAACAUCCUUAGUACAGACAAAACCAAGUUGGAGACCAGUCACAACAACCUGACUAUAGAGAGAGACCAGUUACAGACCAGUUACAACACCCUGACUAUAGAGAGAGAGAAAUUACAGAGGGAGAGAGAGGAACUCGAGAGGUUUUCUAAUAAACUGGGAUGGAUAUAUUUCAGCUCCAGUGUUCACUCAAUCUCUAAUGAAAGUAUGACCUGGACCGAGAGCAGACAGGACUGCAGAGGGAGAGGAGCAGACCUGGUGAUCAUAAACAACAAAGAGGAACAGGAGUUUAUCAGUAAAUUGCUGGGCAUAAGAAAGGCAUGGAUUGGUCUGAAUGACAGAGACAAAGAGGAAGAGUGGAAGUGGGUGGAUGAUACAAGACUGAGCACUGGGUAUUGGGGACGUGGCGAACCCAACAGUAAAGCAGGAGAUGAGGACUGUGUUCUAACAGGUGACAGGUCUGAUCCCGUCUGGAACUGGGCUGAUUAUCCCUGUGAUGAUAAGUUUAUUUGGAUCUGUGAGAAGACAAUCUUUAACUGAAAUGCUGUAUGGACAUGAAAAUCAAUCAAUUUACAAGGUUAUCUGUGUAGAUCUGUGCGCUGUGUCUGAAAAAUUCUCAUUACUGUUUUUAACUCUGUAACCUGCAUGGUGUUGCUUGUUUUUCUUUGGGAGCCUAUUUUCCUAUUCAGGUUUGUUUCAGAAAAUGAAUAAAGUGUCUG